ACAUUCCAGUCAACAGUUUUGAGGCAUAGAUCUCUUUCAUAGAUCUAGAAAUUACUUACAAUUAUACAAACAUCCUCGUACAAAUCAUGGGCGAUCCAAUCAAACAGGAAGAAGGGCAGCCCAAGGGGAAGCCCGAAGUGCAGCCCGAAGUGAAGACCGAAGGGAAUCCCGAGGUAAAGCCCGAGGGGAAUCCCAAGGUAAAGCCCGAGCGAAAGCUCUUGUGGAAGCACGAAGGGUAUCUCAAGGUAAAGCCCGAGGGAAAGCUCUUGGGAAAGCCCACGGCGAAGCCCGAUGUGAAGCCCGUGGGUAACCCCGUGGGUAACCCCGAUCAGCCGCCAAUGGGCAAUAAUAUCCAACGUGCAGUGCUGCAGUUCGUCUUCGUCAGCGCCGCCAUCCGUCUGCUGGCGCUGGCUGUCCAAAAGAAGCAUCCUGCCUAACCCCAGGAUCCAGCAGGCCAACAAGGAUACACACCGAAACACACUGAGACACCAUGGAGGCCAUCAACCCUCAAGAAGUAGAAAUUGAACAUUUGUGAACACAACAAUCAAGACACAACAGACAUCAUUCCAAUGAAUAAAUAAGAGUUCGCCAGUUAA